CUGGCAAAACUCACAGGAAAUGCCACUUAUUCCGACUGGGCUACAAAGUCUUAUCAAUGGUCUAACGGAAGUGGUCUUGUCGAGAAUUACAAUGUUUUCCAAGGAACCAGCGUCCGCGACUGCGAGGAGAUUGACCAUAGUCAAUGGACCGAUAACGCAGGCACUUAUAUUAUCGGAGCGGCCUAUAUGUAUAACGUCACUGAUGGAAGCUCAAUCUGGAAGUCUACUCUGGAUGGGCUUCUCAACAAGACUCUUACGACCUUCUUCCCUGAUGGUAUAGCGAAGGAGUUAUGCGAGGCUACCGGAUGCCCAGACUCUCAGCAUAUCGCCAAAGGUAUUUUGAUUCGUAAUCUUGUGGAUACUAUGUCGAUUACUCCUUAUACAUCUUCCGUCAUCUUGCCGGUAGUGAGAACUACGGCUGUGGCAGCAGCGAAGGCUUGUGAUGAAAAUAGAUGCGCAUUUGAGUGGAACUGGAAGGAAACGAAUUCCUCGAAUGAUUUGGAGAAUGAUUUGAGCGCACUGCAAGCAGUGCAGGCCCUGUUGUCCGAACAGAACUUUCAAGCAAAGGCGGGAAGUGGAGAUGUGAGUGGGGGUAUCGCUAAGCCUUCCGGGAAUGUGGGAAAUAAUCUUAGGACUGGGUUGAUGAGUGUCAUUUUUGGAACAAUGAUAACGGUAUUGUUAUAA